AUGAAGGAGGAGGAGGAGGGGAAGAAGGGGCAGUACCUAGGUGACGACGCCGGCGAGGAGGGGGAAAUGGGGGAAGCGGCGGACGGGGAGGCGGAGGCGGAGCGGAUGACGAUGUCGGACGCGGAGCGCGCGGAGGUGGAGGCGCUGCUGAACGAGCGGCUGCCGAGCCACCCGAAGGUGCACCGCGGCAUGCUCGAUAACGGGCUGCGAUACGUCAUCCUGCCCAACAAGCUGCCGCCCAACAGGUUCGAGGCGCAUCUAGAGAUGCAUGUGGGAUCAGUCGACGAGGGGGAGGACGAGCAGGGUCUGGCGCAUCUGAUCGAGCACGUCACGUUCCUGGGGUCGCGCAAGAGGGAGAAGCUGCUGGGCACGGGCGCGCGCUCCAACGCCUACACCGACUUCCACCACACCGUCUUCCACGUGCACGCGCCCGUUACUAUGCAGGGCUCCCAGGAGCCAAUGCUGCCGAUGGUGCUGGCAGCGCUGCACGAGAUUGCGUUCGCGCCCAAGUUCCUGCCAUCGCGCAUUGACAAGGAGAGACGUGCCGUGCUGUCGGAGAUGCAGAUGAUGAACACCAUUGAGUACCGCGUUGACUGCCAGCUGUUACACCACAUGCACUCGGAGAACCUGCUGAGCUGUCGCUUCCCGAUAGGCCAGGAGGAGCAGGUGAAGAAGUGGUCGGUGGAUCAGAUCCGCGCCUUCCACGACCGCUGGUACUUCCCCGCCAACGCCACGCUCUACGUCGUGGGGGACCUCGCUUCCGUUUCCGACAUCAUCCGGCUUAUUGAGGAGCAUUUUGGUCGCACCCCCCCAGGCAUGCACAUGCCUCCUCCUCCCAGCCCCACACCCACCAUUCCCGCCCACUCCCCCUCCGUCCAUUCCCCCACUCUCCCCCCCUCCAUCUCACACCACCACUCUUCCGCGCCCUCUCUCACUCCCGCCUCCGCCUCUUCCGCCCCGAGCCUCACUCCCCCCAUGCACCCUGCCACCUCCCCCACCAUGCCCGCCGUCCCCCCCAGCUCCGCGCUCUCCGCCCUGCACCCCCAUUCCGCCGAGUCCCCCUCCCCCUCCGCCUCCCCCGCGCCCAUCCCCGGGCCUGUGCGCAAGGAGAGGCAUGCAGUGCGCCCGCCUGUGCGCCACACGUGGGCGAGAGACCAUCUAGAAGGGGAGAGCGCGGAGGGGAGUGCGGGGGAAGGGGCGGAGGUAGGGGGGAGGCCAGGGGGAGAGGGGUUUUUGCCCCCCGCAGUAGUGCCGUCUGCAGCAGCGGCGCAGCAGGCAGCAGCGGUGGGGGAGGGGGUGGUGAUGCCUGUGAUCUUUCAACACGAGCUGCUGCAGAACUUCUCCCUUACCAUGUUCUGUAAGAACCCAGUGAAGCAGGUGCAGACGCUGGGCGACCUGCGGCGGGCUGUGAUGCAGCGCAUCGUGCUCAACGCCCUGCAGUUCCGCAUCAACAACCGCUACAAGAACGGCACUGUCCCAUUUCUAGGGGUAGACCUGGAUCACAGCGACAGCGCGCGAGAGGGGUGCACGGUCACGACGCUCACAGUCACAGCGGAGCCCACCGACUGGCAGUCCGCACUCACAGUGGCCCUGCAGGAGGUGCGGCGCCUGCAGCAGUUCGGCCUCACACGAGGGGAACUCGCCCGCUACGUCACCACCAUGCUGCGAGACUCGGAGCACAACGCCGCCAUGACGGACGCCAUCCACUCCAUCGACUCGUUAGAUUUCCUCAUGGAGAGCUUUGCGCUGGGCCAUGCGGUGCUGGACCCCGAGCAGAGCUUUGAGUGCCUGUCGGCGAUCGCGCCGACGAUAGAGCUGGAGGAUGUGAAUGCGGCGGCGGCGGAGGUGCUGGAGUUUGUGGCGGAGUAUGGGAAGAAGGAGGCGCCGCGGCCGGCGGCGAUUGUGGUGUGCGUGCCCACGCGGAUGCACAGCUCUUCGUCUGCAGCUGUGGGGGCGGGGGCGGGUGUGGGGGCGGGGGCGGGAGCAGCGAGUGAUGUGGUGUUUGAGGUGACCCCCGAGGCGGUGAGGGAUGCUCUGCUGACAGGGCUCAGGGAGGACGUGCAGCCUGAGGACGAGGUGGAGGUCCCCCGCACGCUCAUCUCCGAUGCUGAGCUGGCAGAGUUGCAGCAGAAGAUCCGGCCUCGGUUCGUACCGUUCCCGCCCACCGAGGGCAACGCUGCUGACGUGGCGCCGUCUGAGUGGCGCGUGCGGCAGUACAACAAGGAGACGGGCAUCAUCCAGCGCCGCCUCAGCAACGGCAUCCGCGUCAACAUGAAGGUGACGGACAACGAGGCAAAGGGAGGGGUGCUGCGGUUGGUCUUCCCAGGAGGCCGAGCCAAGGAGGACCCGCAGGGCGCAGGCGAGGUGGCGGUGGGUGUGCGCACGCUGAGUGAGGCGGGGCGCGUGGGGGAGUACAGUCGCGAGCAGGUGGAGCUGUUCUGCCUCGCGAAUCUCGUCAACUGCAUGCUGGAGGCCGACGAGGAGUGUGUCGCGCUCGACCUGCACUUCGCCACGCGCUACGGCGGCCUUAAAGCCUCGUUUCAGCUGCUGCACAUGCUGCUGCAGCAUCCAGCAUGGGACGAGGAUGCGCUGGAGAGGGCAAAGCAGGCAUACCUCUCCUUCUACAGGUCUCUCCCCAAGAGUCUGGAGCGGCUGACAGCAAGCAAGCUGAUGGGCGCCAUGUUCGAUGGAGACACACGGCUGCUGGACCCUCAUCCCGCCAUUGUGUCCAACCUCACUCUUGACACCGUGCGCCAUGCUGUCAUGCAGCAACUGCUGUCGGGGAACAUUGAGCUGAGCAUAGUGGGUGAUUUCAGCGAGGAGGAGAUGACAGACUACAUUCUCAAGUACCUCGGCACCGUCACCGCGCUCCCUCCCCCCGCCGACGUCGUCUCGCCCUUCGCCCUCCUCCCCCCCAACCCCGCCUCCGCACCCCCGCCCCCCUCCACCACCGUGCUGCCCCCGCUGCACCCGCCCCCCGUGCUCGCCCUGCCCGGAGAGCCGCCCUUCAAGAUGGUCACCUCUUGCCCGCCUGCCCUGCGGCACCAGAAGGUUCUCUUGCGGGACACAGAUGAGAGAGCCCGAGCCUACAUCGCAGGUCCGGCACCGAACCGGUGGGGAUUCGCACCGGAUGGGCGGGAUAUCAACACGAUUUUGGAGCCCAUUCCGCCUGGUUACACAGACGCACAGGCGGUGGCGGUGGCACCGUUGGGAACAGCAGUGGUGGAGGGGGCAGACGGGCAUAAGUACUGGCACCGGCGCCGGCACCCGCUGUACACGUCGGUGGGCGUGCUGCUGCUGCAGGAGAUUGUCAACGCACGCCUCUUUACAACAGUGCGAGACGCCCUAGGGCUGACAUACGACGUCAACUUUGAGAUCUCGCUGUUUGACCGUCUGGCCACGGGGUGGUUCUGCAUCAGCGUCACCUCCACACCCGCCAAGAUCCACCAGGCCGUGGAAGCUUCCCUGAACGUUCUCAGGGGGCUGCAGGCGAACCGCAUCACACAGAGGGAGCUGGACCGGGCCAAGCGCACGCUCAUCAUGCGGCACGAGUCGGAUCUCAAAGACAACGCGUACUGGCUGGGCAUGCUGACUCACCUGCAGUGCGACUACGUGCCGCGCAAGACCGUGUCAUGCAUCGCAGACCUGCCGUGCAUCUACGAGAUCACCACCGUGGACGAUGUCUACACGGUCUACAACCACAUCCCGCUGGACGACAACAGCGUCUUCACGUGCAUUGGUGUGGCUGGGGCCGUUGGAUCGGAUGUGGACUCGGCAGGGAGCGAGAGCGAUGCGAGCGAUGCAGAGCCAGUGCCGCCAGCAGGCACAAUGAGCGGCGGCAGAGGUGCCUCCCUAAUGACACGCCCCACAGCUUGA